UCGGUAAUUCAUUUACAGUAUACUUAAAGUGCGCCCUCAGUUGUUACACAGUUACAAUCCAGUUUCCAACAUGGCUGAAUAAACCAGGUGAGCUCGUUCCGAAUUAUAUGUCAGAACCCACUCAAUAUCUCACAAAGUGGCGACGAAGAUGUUUUAACAGACAUAUAGUAUUGUCAGAGAUAUAAUCACUCACCUGUAGAGUCAAACAAUUGACAUUUUGCAGUGAUAUUUGUGCUGUUUUUGGAGUGAUUUGGGGCUCGUUUUUCACCGUGCAACUCCAUAGACUUGCAUCCGUCGUUCAUUUGUUCAUGCUUAUACGUGAAAACAUACGCGUGUACAGUCGGUGAACAUUAUGGCGUCGGGACUUAUCGGUCGGAUUGACCCAUAUAACAGCGAUGAGGAAGACUGGCCAACAUAUGUUGAACGCUUAGAACAAUAUUUUGAAGCCAACAACAUCGCUAAUGAGAGGAAAGUUUCAGCACUAAUCAGCCUGAUUGGUAGCAAAACGUAUACACUUCUCAAGAAUCUCACUGCACCUGAGAAGCCAUCGUCAAAACCGUAUGCUGAACUCAUACAAAUCUUGACAGCACAUCUUGCACCUAAACCCCUGGUCAUCGCAGAACGUUUUCGUUUUCACAAACGCGAUCAAAAGGAGGGAGAACGUGUCAGCACUUAUUUGGCUGGACUAAGAAAACUAGCUGAACAUUGUCAGUUUGGAGAUUACCUGAACGAGGCACUUCGUGACAGAUUCGUCUGUGGCUUGCGGGCAGGCAGCAUUCAGAAACGACUGCUUGCAGAGGAUAAACUGACACUGAAAAGGGCAACUGAAAUUGCCACAGCGAUGGAAACUGCAGCGAGAGAUGCCAUCGAACUUCACCAGCAGACAACUUCAAGUUCUGCUGUACACACUGUAGCACGACGCAAACAAUCAUCAUGCUACAGGUGUGGCAGAUCAGGACAUUCUGCCGACAGUUGCAGAUUUAAAGAUGCAACAUGCCAUUCAUGUGGAAAACAGGGCCACAUAGCACCAGCCUGUCGCUCCAAACCUCGUCCCCAGGGUAGGCCUAAUAGACCACAGAAAAAACCCUACAAGCCUCAACCCAAUCAGAAAGGGAAGGUGAAAACUAUGGAGGAAAUUCCAGACACCGAUAACGAGGACGACAACAUUCUGAUUGCCAGGAUGAACAUUCACAAUGUGGGUCAUAAUCGGUGUGACAUGAGCACAGCUAUCUGGGUCACGCUCCACAUUAACGACCGUCCAGUAAAGAUGGAGGUGGACACGGGGUCAGCCAUUACAUUGCUAUCUAUGGCUGACUAUCAGAAAUUCUUCCCUGGAGAACAGUUGCAGCCGACAAAGAUAAAACUGCAGACAUACACAGGAGAACAGAUUUCUCCGGCAGGACUCCUGAAUGCCAAAGUUCGCUACAACAAUCAGGAGCACAAUGGGAAGAUGUACAUCAUCAAAGGCAACAGUGCACCACUUCUUGGCAGAGACUGGCUAGCUCAUAUCAAGUUAGACUGGCCAAAAUUGUUCGCCAUGACAACCGCUCAACCCCCCAAAAUUGGCAACACUGAAGAAAAGCUGGACGCCAUGCUGAGUGAGUACCCAGAGCUCUUUCAAGAGGAGAUCGGGGAACUCAAAGGCAUUACUGGGAAGCUCAACGUACGCGACAAUGCACAACCGGUAUUUGUGAAAACCAGGCAAGUUCCGUACGCUCUACGACCCAAAGUGGAAGCAGAACUGACAAAGCUUGAACGUCAGGGCAUCAUUUCGUCAGUAGAAUCCAGUGAUUGGGCAACACCCAUUGUCCCCGUGCCAAAACCAAACGGGGGCGUACGCAUUUGUGGAGAUUUUAAGGUGACGGUCAACCCUAACCUUAACAUUGAACGUUAUCCGCUACCGCGAGUGGAGGAUGUCUUCGCUAAUCUCUCCGGCGGCCAAAGAUACAGCAAGCUUGAUUUGCGCCAAGCGUACUUGCACAUGGUCAUCGAUGCGGAGUCCAGAAAGUUGCUGACUAUCAACACGCAUAAGGGUCUGUUCGUCUACAACAGACUACCCUUUGGCAUUGCGUCUGCACCAGCCAUGUGGCAGAGAAGCAUGGAGCAGGUACUCCAAGGCAUACCUGGAGUCCAGUGCAUCUUGGAUGACAUGAUCAUCACAGGCCGCAAUGAUGAAGAACACCUCAGCAAUCUGAGAAGGGUCCUUGACGUGCUGAAGGCCCGUGGACUGCGCUUGAACAAAGCGAAAUGCGAAUUCUUCAAGCGAAAAGUGGUCUUCUGUGGGCAUGAGAUAACCCAUGAAGGCCUGAACAAAACCCAAGACAAGGUUCAUGCCGUCAAAAAUGCUCCACGACCAACCAAUGUGAGCCAAUUGCGUUCGUUCCUGGGCCUGGUAAACUACUACCACCGGUUCCUACCCAAUUUGUCGACUGAGCUACAUCCACUGAAUGAGCUCCUGCAGAAGAACCACAAGUGGGUGUGGACCCCUACUUGUGAGAAGGCGUUCGAGAAGGCCAAGUCCUUGAUCACAGCAGAUGAGGUCUUGACACACUAUGACCCAGACCUUCCAGUGAAACUUGCGUGUGACGCCUCACCCUAUGGUCUUGGCGCUGUUAUGUCACAUGUCAUGCCUGAUGGUUCAGAACGCCCUGUCGCCUACGCAUCACGUACACUGACGACUGCAGAACGCAAUUACUCUCAAAUUGACAAGGAGGCACUCGCGUUGGUGUGGGGAGUGAAGAAGUUCAAUCUGUACCUAUGUGGACGGAAAUUCACCCUGGUGACAGAUCACCAACCACUUACCUCUAUCUUCAAUCCCUCGAAGAGCACUCCUUCAACUGCUGCUGCACGACUUGCGAGGUAUGCGAUUUUCCUUGGUAGUCAUGAUUACACCAUCGAAUACAAAAACACUGCUAAGCACUGCAACGCUGACGGGCUAUCCAGAUUACCGUUGGGCGAGACUGUGUCUGAACCAGCGGAUCCUGAUGACAUACUCCAGGUGUCCCAACUAGAGACACUACCUGUCUCCAGUAGCGAUGUUCGCAAAGCAACAGUCAGAGACAUUACGCUUGCCAAGGUGUACGAGUAUACCAUGAGAGGAUGGCCUUCAGACACCGAUCCAAGCCUAGCAGCAUACCACAGUCGCAGAAACGAAAUCACAGUGCACGACAACUGCUUGAUGUGGGGACUUCGUGUCAUAGUCCCUGGCAAACUGCGUGCACAAGUCCUAGCGGAGCUACACGAGGGUCAUCUCGGAGUAGUCAAGAUGAAAUCUCUCUCUCGAGGUUUUGCUUGGUGGCCGGGAAUUGACCAUGACAUUGAGCAACUAGCCAAAGAAUGCUCUGGUUGCCAGAAAACCCAACGUAACCCAACUCUGGCCCCACUUCAUACCUGGGAAUGGCCUGCGAAACCGUGGCAGAGAAUACACGUCGACUACGCUGGCCCAUUCUUGGGACAGAUGUUCCUGGUAGUUGUGGAUGCGCAUUCAAAAUGGCCAGAAGUUAUCCAGACUACCACCGCGACAUCAAGCCAGACCAUUGACAUCCUAAGGGGCAUAUUCGCACAACAUGGUGUCCCUGAGCAACUUGUUAGCGACAAUGGUCCCCAGUUCAAGUCAGAGGAGUUCGAAACCUUCCUGAAACGCAAUGGGGUGAAGCACAUAACUUCAGCUCCUUACCACCCAGCGACAAAUGGACUUGCCGAGCGCUUCGUCCAAACCUUCAAGAAUGGACUCAAAUCGAUGGAAGGGGAAAAAGGGUCAGUAAAGCAAAAAUUGUGCAGCUUUCUCCUUGCUUACCGCAAUGCACCACAUGCUACCACUGGUCAUUCUCCGGCGUUCCUUCUCAUGGGACGAAACCUCCGAUCCAGACUUGACAUCAUCAAACCAGACAUCCGCCAACGAGUCGCUCGUAAACAACUGGAACAGUCAAUCUAUCACAAAUCUGGGAAGACGACUCGAAACCUGCACACAGGCCAACCUGUGCUGGCUCGCAACUACCGAGACAGUCAGAAGUGGAUUCCAGGCAUAAUCCACUCCCAAACUGGCCCACUCGCAUACGAAGUUCGAGUUGGCCCCGACUCCAUCUGGCGCAGACACAUCGACCAACUUCUUGAUGUCGACACUGGGAAGCCUUUCUUCUUCAACCAGCAGCCAGAUCCUGUACCCCCACUUGUCCCUGAUAUCAGUGACCAGAUGACUCCCAAUCGUCCAGUACCUACUUCACCAACACAUACACCUACCGACAUCCAGCCCAGCGCAGAACAACCAUCUGUUGUACCCGAGACAGCAACAGAACCACCUAGCACUGAGAGACGCUACCCCCAGAGGAAGCGGAAACCACCGGAUAGACUGGAUCUCUAAACCCCAUACACACAUAAGGUCCCAAAAGGCUUGGGUAGCCACUAAUCAUGUGUUCUAUACUUGUGUUUAGUAGUUAGUGUUCAAGUUAUUAGACCCCUAGUUUAGUGUUCAGAGCAUGUGUUAAAAGAAAAAAAAAAAAUAAAAGGAACAAACAACCCAAACACUCACUUUCAUGAGUCCAAAAGACAACAGAAAAAUGACACUUCACUAGUCAAAUAAUUCCAGAUCAAAAAGAAAUUUGCAGUUUAUUACGAACAAAAAUCAUUGAUAAUUGUUUUGAUAUGCCAAAAGCUAUUGCAAGUAAUAUCUCAUGUGAACUGGAAAUUGAACUCUAAUUAUCAUGUGAACAUUUAUGGACCUUAUUGCAGUUCCAUAUUUAAGUGAGGAGGAGAUGUAAUGUAUGCUCCCGCACUCGGUAAUUCAUUUACAGUAUACUUAAAGUGCGCCCUCAGUUGUUACACAGUUACAAUCCAGUUUCCAACAUGGCUGAAUAAACCAGGUGAGCUCGUUCCGAAUUAUAUGUCAGAACCCACUCAAUAUC